GCGUCACGAUCCUGAGCCGCGGCCGCUCCCUCCCGGCUUGAAACCUCGCUGUUUGCCGGUGAGUUACAGGCGUUAGAGCUGGGACGGCGCGGCGGGUGGGGCGCUGGUGCUCUCCCUGAAGGUGUCGGUUACCGAGUCUAGUCUUCGCGUCCUUCGCCGCGGCGGCGGCUUCCCCCUCUCGGGCUUUGGCCAGACUCAGGUCCCUUCUUAUAAACCAUCAUGGCUCAGAGAGAUGCUGACAAAUACCUCUAUGUGGAUAGAAAUCUCAUCAACAACCCACUUGCUCAGGCCGAUUGGGCGGCCAAGAAACUGGUGUGGGUCCCAUCAGAAAAGAAUGGUUUUGAACCAGCUAGCUUAAAGGAGGAAGUUGGAGAUGAAGCUAUUGUGGAGCUUGCAGAGAAUGGGAAGAAAGUACGAGUAAACAAAGAUGAUAUCCAAAAGAUGAACCCGCCUAAGUUCUCUAAAGUGGAAGACAUGGCUGAAUUGACCUGCCUGAAUGAGGCCUCUGUUUUACACAACUUAAAGGAAAGAUACUACUCGGGGCUUAUCUAUACCUACUCAGGCCUAUUCUGUGUGGUCAUAAAUCCCUACAAGAACUUGCCCAUCUACUCAGAAGAGAUUGUGGAAAUGUAUAAGGGCAAAAAAAGACACGAGAUGCCCCCUCACAUCUAUGCCAUUACAGACACAGCCUAUAGGAGUAUGAUGCAAGAUCGAGAAGAUCAGUCCAUUCUCUGCACGGGUGAAUCAGGAGCUGGAAAGACAGAAAACACCAAGAAGGUCAUUCAGUAUCUGGCUCAUGUUGCUUCAUCACACAAGAGCAAGAAAGAUCAGGGGGAACUUGAGAGGCAGCUGCUUCAGGCCAACCCUAUAUUGGAGGCCUUUGGGAAUGCCAAAACGGUUAAGAAUGACAAUUCUUCAAGAUUUGGAAAAUUUAUCAGAAUCAAUUUUGACGUGAAUGGCUACAUUGUUGGAGCCAAUAUUGAGACCUAUCUGUUGGAGAAAUCACGAGCAAUACGUCAAGCCAAAGAAGAACGGACAUUCCACAUCUUCUACUACCUGCUGACUGGUGCAGGGGAGCAUUUGAAGAAUGACUUGCUGUUGGAGCCCUACAACAAGUAUCGCUUCCUUUCCAAUGGACAUGUUACAAUCCCUGGUCAGCAAGACAAGGACAUGUUUCAGGAGACUAUGGAGGCAAUGCGGAUCAUGAGCAUCCCAGAUGAUGAACAGAUGGGUCUGUUAAAAGUAAUCUCUGGUGUUCUUCAGCUUGGAAAUAUUAUGUUCAAGAAGGAACGCAACACAGACCAGGCUUCCAUGCCUGACAAUACAGCUGCUCAGAAAGUUUCUCACCUUCUGGGUAUCAAUGUGACAGACUUCACCAGAGGAAUUCUCACCCCUCGCAUCAAAGUGGGCCGAGACUAUGUCCAGAAAGCUCAGACUAAAGAGCAAGCUGACUUUGCCAUUGAGGCUCUGGCUAAAGCCACUUACGAACGCAUGUUCAGGUGGCUAGUGAUGCGCAUCAACAAAGCACUGGAUAAGACAAAGAGACAAGGAGCAUCUUUCAUCGGGAUCCUUGAUAUUGCUGGCUUCGAAAUCUUUGAACUGAACUCAUUUGAACAGUUGUGCAUUAACUACACAAAUGAGAAGCUGCAACAGCUCUUCAACCACACCAUGUUCAUCUUGGAGCAAGAAGAAUACCAGCGUGAGGGCAUAGAGUGGAAUUUCAUUGACUUUGGUCUGGAUCUGCAACCCUGCAUUGAUCUCAUAGAAAAACCAGCUGGUCCCCCAGGCAUAUUGGCCCUCCUAGAUGAAGAGUGCUGGUUCCCAAAAGCUACGGAUAAAAGCUUUGUGGAAAAAGUGGUGCAAGAGCAAGGCACUCACCCUAAAUUCCAGAAGCCAAAGCAGCUGAAAGAUAAAGCUGACUUCAGCAUUAUACACUAUGCUGGAAGGGUUGAUUAUAAAGCUGAUGAAUGGUUGAUGAAGAACAUGGACCCUCUGAAUGAUAACAUUGCUACUCUGCUACACCAGUCCUCUGAUAAAUUUGUGUCCGAACUGUGGAAAGACGUUGACCGCAUCGUUGGGUUGGAUCAAGUUGCUGGCAUGUCAGAUUCAGCAUUGCCUGGGGCCUUCAAGACCAGGAAGGGCAUGUUCCGCACAGUAGGACAACUGUACAAAGAGCAACUGGCCAAGUUGAUGGCUACCCUGAGGAAUACCAACCCCAACUUUGUCCGUUGCAUCAUUCCCAACCACGAGAAGAAGGCUGGAAAACUGGACCCACACCUCGUCCUAGAUCAGCUUCGCUGUAACGGUGUGCUGGAGGGAAUCCGUAUCUGCAGGCAAGGUUUUCCCAACAGAGUUGUCUUCCAGGAGUUCAGACAAAGAUAUGAGAUCCUGACUCCAAAUGCCAUUCCAAAAGGGUUCAUGGAUGGAAAGCAAGCCUGUGUGCUGAUGAUCAAAGCCUUAGAGCUGGACCCAAAUCUUUACAGGAUUGGACAAAGCAAAGUGUUUUUCCGAGCAGGUGUCCUUGCCCACCUUGAAGAAGAAAGGGAUUUGAAAAUCACAGAUGUUAUUAUUGGGUUCCAGGCGUGUUGUAGAGGCUACUUGGCUAGAAAGGCUUUUGCCAAACGCCAACAGCAACUAACGGCAAUGAAAGUGCUCCAGAGGAAUUGUGCAGCCUACUUGAAGCUUCGCAACUGGCAAUGGUGGAGACUAUUUACAAAGGUGAAGCCUUUGCUACAAGUGAGCCGGCAAGAGGAGGAGAUGCUGGCCAAGGAAGAAGAACUGGUGAAAGUGAAGGAAAGACAGUUGUUUGCAGAAAACAGAGUGUCAGAAAUGGAAUCUCUUCAGACACAGCUCCUGGCAGAGAAGAUGCAGUUGCAGGAACAGUUGCAAGCAGAGAUAGAGCUGUGUGCUGAGGCAGAGGAGAUCAGAGCCCGCUUGACAGCGAAAAAACAAGAGCUAGAAGAGAUAUGCCAUGACUUGGAGGCCAGGGUGGAGGAAGAGGAAGAACGGUGCCAGCAUCUGCAAGCUGAGAAAAAGAAAAUGCAUCAGAACAUUCAGGAGCUUGAAGAACAGCUGGAGGAAGAGGAAAGUGCCAGGCAAAAGCUACAACUGGAGAAAGUGACCACUGAAGCAAAGCUGAAGAAGCUGGAGGAAGACCUGAUUGUUUUGGAAGAUCAAAACUGCAAACUGGCUAAGGAGAAGAAACUGCUGGAAGACAGGGUUUCUGAAUUCACCACUAACUUAACUGAGGAAGAAGAGAAAUCCAAGAGUUUAGCUAAACUCAAGAACAAGCAUGAGGCAAUGAUAACUGAGCUGGAAGAGCGAUUGCGCCGGGAAGAAAAGCAACGGCAGGAGUUGGAAAAAACUCGCAGGAAGCUAGAAGGGGACUCCACCGAUCUGCAUGAUCAGAUAGCUGAACUGCAGGCUCAAAUAGCAGAGCUCAAAAUGCAGCUGGCGAAAAAGGAGGAGGAGUUGCAAGCCGCUUUGGCUAGGGUGGAAGAGGAAGCUGCUCAGAAGAACAUGGCUUUGAAGAAGAUUCGUGAGCUGGAGUCUCAGUUAACAGAGUUGCAAGAAGACCUAGAGUCGGAGAGAGCUGCCAGGAACAAAGCUGAGAAACAGAAGCGAGAUCUUGGUGAAGAGUUGGAGGCUCUUAAGACAGAGCUAGAGGACACACUUGACUCAACUGCAGCACAGCAGGAACUCAGGUCAAAACGUGAGCAAGAAGUGACUGUUUUGAAGAAGACCCUGGAUGAAGAGGCCAAGACCCACGAGGCGCAGAUACAAGAAAUGAGGCAGAAACAUGCCCAGGCUGUGGAAGAGCUUGCAGAGCAAUUGGAACAGACCAAACGGGUGAAAGUGAACCUUGAAAAGGCCAAGCAGGCCCUGGAGAGUGAACGCGUCGAACUAUCCAACGAGGUGAAGGUUCUUCUGCAGACCAAAGGAGACUCUGAACACAAGAGAAAGAGAUGUGAAACUCAGCUUCAAGAGCUGCAAGUGAAAUUCACAGAAGGGGAACGAGUACGAACUGAGCUAGCCGAGAAGGUUAACAAACUGCAGGUUGAAUUGGACAAUGUCACUGGUCUCCUGAAUCAGUCAGAUAGCAAGUCAAUUAAACUAGCCAAAGAUUUCUCUACGCUGGAGUCACAACUGCAGGACACACAGGAAUUGCUUCAGGAGGAAACCCGUCAGAAACUGAGCCUUAGCACCAAGCUGAAACAGGUGGAAGAUGAGAAGAACAGCCUCAGAGAGCAGCUAGAAGAAGAGGAAGAGACAAAAAGGAAUUUGGGGAAACAGAUUUCUGCUCUUCAACUUCAGAUUGCAGAAAUGAAGAAGAAAAUGGAUGAUAGCGUGGGCUCUCUGGAAUCAGUGGAAGAAGCAAAGAAGAAGCUUCAGAAAGAUCUGGAGGCCAUGAGCCAACGUUAUGAGGAAAAAGCAGCUGCCUAUGACAAGCUGGAAAAAACAAAGACCAGGUUGCAGCAAGAGCUGGACGACCUUGCUGUGGAUUUGGAUCAUCAGCGGCAGAUUGUCUCCAAUCUGGAGAAAAAACAGAAGAAGUUUGAUCAGCUGUUGGCAGAGGAGAAAACAAUCUCUGCAAAAUACGCUGAAGAGCGGGACCGCGCUGAAGCAGAAGCACGUGAGAAGGAAACAAAAGCCCUCUCCUUGGCCAGAGCACUUGAAGAAGCCACAGAACAGAAGGCUGAGCUGGAGCGCCUCAAUAAGCAGUUCAGGACUGAAAUGGAAGAUCUGAUGAGCUCAAAGGAUGAUGUUGGCAAGAGUGUCCAUGAGUUGGAGAAGUCCAAGCGUGCUCUGGAGCAGCAGAUGGAGGAGAUGAAGACUCAGCUGGAAGAGCUGGAGGAUGAACUCCAGGCCACAGAAGAUGCCAAGCUGCGCCUGGAAGUGAACCAGCAAGCCAUGAAGGCUCAGUUUGAAAGGGACCUAUUAGCCCGCGAUGAACAGAAUGAAGAAAAGAGAAAGCAGCUGAUGAGACAGGUGCGAGAAAUGGAAGUGGAGCUAGAAGAUGAGAGAAAACAGCGCUCCAUUGCUGUGGCAGCCAGAAAGAAGCUGGAAAUGGACCUAAAAGAUCUUGAAGCCCACAUAGACACUGCUAACAAGAAUCGAGAGGAAGCCAUCAAACAGCUUCGGAAGUUGCAGGCCCAAAUGAAGGACUGCAUGCGGGAGCUGGAUGACACCCGUGCCUCCAGAGAAGAAAUUUUGGUUCAGGCCAAAGAGAAUGAAAAGAAACUGAAGAGCAUGGAAGCAGAGAUGAUUCAGAUGCAGGAGGAACUCGCAGCAGCGGAACGUGCCAAGCGCCAGGCUCAGCAAGAGAGAGAUGAGUUAGCGGAUGAAAUUGCCAACAGUAGUGGCAAAGGAGCUCUGGCCAUGGAGGAAAAACGGCGCUUGGAGGCCCGGAUAGCUCAGCUGGAAGAGGAACUGGAGGAGGAGCAGAGCAAUACAGAGUUGGUGAAUGACCGCCUCAAGAAAGCAAAUCUUCAGAUUGAUCAGAUAAAUACAGAUCUGAAUGCAGAGCGUAGCAAUGCCCAGAAGAACGAAAAUGCUCGCCAGCAGGCUGAGCGUCAGAACAAGGAACUUAAAGCCAAACUUCAAGAAAUGGAAGCCGCUGUGAAAUCUAAAUACAAGUCUUCCAUCACUGCUCUGGAAGCAAAGAUUGCACAACUGGAGGAGCAGCUGGAUAGUGAAACAAAGGAGCGCCAGGCUGCCAGCAAACAGGUGCGACGUGCUGAGAAGAAACUGAAGGAUGUUGUCUUGCAAGUGGAGGAUGAGAGGCGUAAUGCUGAGCAAUACAAGGAUCAGGCCGACAAGGUGAAUGUGCGCUUGAAGCAGCUUAAACGCCAGCUGGAGGAGGCCGAGGAAGAGGCACAGCGAGCCAAUGCAGCUCGCCGAAAGCUGCAGCGAGAGCUGGAGGAUGUCAGUGAAACUGCUGAUGCCAUGAACCGAGAGGUCAGCUCCCUGAAGAGCAAACUCAGGCGAGGAGACAUGCCAUUUGUGGUCACUCGCCGGAUCCCCCGGAAGGGUGCAGGUGAAGUGUCUGAUGAAGAAGUGGACGGCAAGUCGGAUGCUGGUGAUGCCAAAGCUACUGAAUAGAGCUGCUUCUUGCACCCAGGUGACACGUGAUGGAGUGACCCACCCUCCCUUUGUUCAGUGGACUUUUGCAAACGCUUCUGCCAGGGAAAGUGGACCACGUCUGUCAAAAUGUUCCCUGGAAUAUCUGGAGCCAUCAGACAUUAAUGCCACCCCUCCCAGCUUCUAAACUCUUGUCUUCAAUGCCAAAGAGUCUGCAGUCUGAUCAGAGUCUGGGAGCUACAGAUGCCUGUAGCAUUUAGUGUCCUUGCCAUGGCUGCCAGUGAAUUUAUAUAGUUUGGCAAAAGGGUGGGGGGCGGGGAGGGGGGAGGGAAGAGACUACUUUUUGUUGCUGUAAAUCAACUAUUUUCUUCCAAUAACGAGUUUGUGAUAGAUGCAGGGAUCUCCCUUCACCCCUUCCUCUUCUCCUUGUUUGCUUUUGGCAAUCAUGCUCAGUGACCUCACACUUUUGACCUCUUCGGUCUGCCCACCUAGCCAGUUUGGGGGUCGUGUUGAACAGGAAAAAUGAGGAUUCUCAGCAUGACCCCCAAACGUUGAAGGCCACAUAGUCUUGGGGACGGAUAGGUGAAGGGGGAAGAUGCUUUCUCCUAGGAGAGACUUUGAGAGUCAAUCCUUCCUAAUGGCUAAAAUAUCUGGACAGAUCUGAAGUGCAAUGGUGUCUGUGUUAAGUGUCUCCGGCUUUGUGUCUAAGACUGUGUGAAUCAGUAGUUAGUGACAGGCAAAGGAAACCGGAAGGCUUCUCUUUGUGGUUGUUGGAUAAUCUUUGGGACCAAAUAUAUUUAAUGGCAACAGACAGAAUCCUAGCGGUUAGAAUGGAGUGUGGGCAAGGAAGUGCUUCUUUAUUGUAACGUCCAAGCCUUUUGCUCUAUAAUUGGGGGAUGGGUUUAGUUAUUCUGCACAAUGACUAAGAGUAUAUUAAAGAAGAAGAAACUUAAUCUGCACAGAUUAUAUGUUGAAAGGCCUUUGUAUCUCUCUUGUUUAUAAGUAAUUAAGAAAAAUAAAGGUCUUUAUCACUGCCUUUCUAUGGGGACUGCGGUUAUAUAGAUAGUCUUUACUUUUCUACACUGUACACUGGUUGCUGGAUUUACCUGUAUACUUAACCACAUUGUAUAUGCUGCAUUUAGACUUCUGAGCAAAUGACAAAUUAAGAAGAAAAAAAAGAACCUAUACCAUACGGUUACUGCCCUCACCCUGGGAGUUUCCUGUUCCAAUUGCUGUCACAAAUAAAUUUGCAAACUUUUUUUAUAUAAUAAGUGCCUUAGCAUGUGCCUCAGCUGUGUCUCCACUACAGUCAGUAAUGGAUCACCGGUGCUCCUCUAACAAUAAAGAUUAUCCAUGUG